CUCUUUCAAGAAGAAAUAGCUGCGUGAAUAGUUGAUUCUAGCACUUGUAUUACUUGUAAAUUACAUCAACUACAUCACAUAACAAGUACAUAAAGCGAAUCUAUAAUCAGUGGAGUGAUAAUUACUUAAUAUUGAACUCAUUGCUAGCCGUUCCACUCUGAAUGUCAUGUUUUUGGGUAAUCAUAGCUACUGACAAAUCAGUUUCUAAUCGGUGUUUCAAUACCAACAAUUGAACUAUAGUUCUCGUAUGAGUAGUACCAAUGGCAGUGUGUGGGGAAAUUCUUAUUUUGUAUAUCCGAUAUACGCUCAGUAGGUGUCUCUCUAUAUCGUCUGCAUAUCCAUCGAUGCAGAAUGUCCAAUUCUUAGAAAAUAAUGACCUACUGGAAAACCAACUGGCCACAAAAUCUCAAUACAUUUGGGCACGAUACACCAAAUACCCUUCUGUACCACCAAAGUCUCGCAAACAUGGAGGAUGACCAGAUAUUAGAUUUCUCAUACUACUCUAGAGGG